AUGGGACAAACACUGAGUGAGCCAGUUACCAAAAAAGAGUCGGCGUCGUGCGCCAACGAAAACUAUCUAGUUGGUAGCAGCUGUAUGCAAGGAUGGAGAGUUGAUAUGGAAGAUGCCCAUACCCAUCUUCUCUCACUCCCAGACGAUCCGAAAUGCGCAUUCUUCGCUGUUUACGACGGACAUGGUGGAUCCAAAGUGUCACAAUACUCCGGAAUCAAUCUUCACAAAAAAGUGGUCGCUAGAAAAGAGUUCUCCGAGGGAAAUUUGAAAGAGGCUAUCGAGAGAGGAUUCUUGGAUUUGGAUCAACAGAUGAGAGUGGAUGAAGAGACAAAGGACGAUGUCAGUGGAACGACAGCAGUUGUUGUGUUGAUAAAGGAGGGAGAUGUUUAUUGUGGUAACGCCGGUGAUUCUCGUGCCGUUUCAUCAGUUCUCGGAGAAGCUCGUCCACUAUCCUUCGACCAUAAACCAUCUCAUGAGAUCGAGGCUCGGCGUAUUAUUGCUGCCGGUGGAUGGGUCGAGUUCAACCGCGUCAAUGGAAACUUGGCUCUCUCCAGAGCUCUCGGUGAUUUCACAUUCAAGAAUUGUGACACAAAGCCAGCUGAGGAGCAGAUCGUUACUGCUUUCCCUGAUGUCAUCACUGACAAAUUAACCCCGGAUCAUGAAUUCAUUGUUCUGGCAUGCGAUGGUAUUUGGGAUGUAAUGACAAACCAAGAAGUUGUCGAUUUCGUCCGCGAGAAGCUCUCGGAGAAGAGAGAUCCACAAUCGAUCUGUGAGGAACUUCUCACACGGUGCUUGGCUCCAGAUUGUCAGAUGGGCGGUCUCGGAUGUGACAACAUGACAGUUGUCAUCGUCGGACUUCUUCACGGGCAAUCUCCAGACACUCUCUUCUCGAAGUGUGCACGCCCAGCCGUGUUCACGGGCGUUAGUAACGAGGAUGGAGGUCAGAUUCAACAAGAUAUUUCGCGUGUGAUAAACAACUUUGACGGAGAGCAACGGGUAGUGAGACAAGAGGAAGAGGAUGAUGAUAACGAACCAGCACCAGCCAAUUUCCGAGUCUAA